AUGAUGUAGAUUUUCAAUAGUUCAGAUAUAUUAUUCUCAAGAUUUUAUGAAGUAUUGUACUUUUGUACUUCAAAUUACCUUAAUGACCGAUAGAAACACCUGUUUCAAGAUUAACGCAAUAUGACCUUAAUAACUCAAUAAUUUCAGCAGUUUUAUUUUUAUUUGAUCAAAGUAUAAUAAACAUUCACUCAAACAAGCAUGUCCGUCUCCGCUUGUGGUGAUUCAUAUCGCCAAAUGUCCUUCAGAAGCCUCCGUACUUUUGGAUCCGUCGCUAGGCAACCAAAGCUGUGUCUCUGCAGGUGUUAAAAGUUGUAAUUAAAACAUUAACGCCGUCGUUUAGCGGCUGCAGGAUUUCAAAGUCCAAAGCAAGAGCCAUGCAGGAAUCUGGAAAGAAGAAUUGGGCCAAUAGAAGGGGGUCAGUAACAGCAAAAUACAUGGAUUCUGACCAUGAAGAAAAGGAGGAGAAAAUCAGUGGUUGUGUUCAGAAAAAGACUGCAGCUCUUUCUGACCAUGACUCCAGGGUUUUAAGAACCAAGCUACACAUUGUGCAAGAAGAACUUGAUCUGCUUUCCACUGAAUAUCAUUAUCAGAAUGAUGAAUUUGGUAAGCUUUUUGCAACAAAUAAGAGGCUGGGCGACGAUCGAGCCAGACUGCAGAAGACCAUUAGUGUCCAGAAAAUACAAAUUGAGGAGCAGAAAGCUUCGAUUAAAGAUCUUGCCCACAAAUGUCAUGAUCUCCGUCUGCAAGUGUAUGACUUAAGCAAGCUGGUUAGAGGUUAUGAUGAGGAAGUGGAGAAGAUGAACUGCCAGCUGACGGCAGCCAAUCUGGUGAAGAAGAAGAAGAUCCUGAGUAGGGAAGAAAAUCUAAAUAUAGAAAAUCUGCUGGCUGAGAACAAAAACCUCAAGAAGCAAAAGUAUGACCUUAUUUUGGGUUUCAAGAAGCAAACCAAGCUGAUCGACAUUCUGAAAAGACAGAUAAUGCACCUUGAGGCAGCAAAGCUGCUGUCCUUCACGGAGGAGGAGUUCAUCAAGGCCAUGCUGGAGACACAAUAAACAUGAUCCUCACUGUCCUUCUUACUUCUUAUAGUCAUUUCUUCAUGUUAUGGGGCUACCCUGUAAAUCUAAUCCUGUGUUAAACAACCUCAGUUUGAAAUUGCAUUGAUUAAUAUUUUGUUCACUUAAUCACUCAGAAGGGUUUUUGAAACAUAUUUUGAAAAAUAUAUUGUUAAAGCAUAGGCUAAUACAUAAAAAUAUAUCAAUAAAAAUGUUUUUUUUUAAUUAAUAAAAAAUAUUUAUUACAGCUGCUCAUUCAUCACAGCGACACAUAACAGAAACAUAACAGAAAAUAGAGAAAAGCUGGCAGUUCAACUUUUUUCUCUUCAUGUCUCCUCCAAACUAAAAAUGUAUAUUUUAGUGUCUGCUGCAUGUUUAGCUACACUUAAGGAAAGUAUGUUUUUCUGUUGGCGAUUAUGCAAAUACAUACAUGCAUAUCAGUUUGAAUGAUGUGUACAAAAAAAAAAAGGAAAUAAUUUUUUGUCUAACUAAACCAAACAUGGGAGAAGUAGCAUUAAGAUUUUAUGCUCCACUGCAGCUGAAAUACUGAGUUCCUUUAAACCAAAGGAGCUCAGCCCACGUGUAAGCUCUAAACUUGUGGGCUAAAAUCCCACAUGUUUAGAGCUUACUUUGAUUAGUACCACACUUUUGAUGACAUUUGAGAAAUGUACUGUUUAUUGUUUGUUUCAUACUUUGAACUGGCUUGUAGCUGAAAUGUGCUAUAUAAAUAAUCAGGGGCCUCAUGCAUAAAAGAGUGCACAGUUUUCACAUUAAAAC